CUGUGCCCGGGUGCGCGCGCUGGAAGCGAGGGGUGCGCGAGUCCGCGGCGCGCGCUGCAGUGAUUGGCUGCGCGUGCCCGGGGCCCGGGAGGGGGGGGCGGGGUUGGGCCCGGGGCGGCACCGGCACCGGCACCGGCACCGGCCGCUGCGGGCCCUGCGGAGCGUUGUGCCCCCGCCCGCGCUCCCCCCGUGAGGCGCCCGGGCCCGCCGGCCAUGCUGGUGAGCAGGCGGGUGAAGCGGCUCCUGCAGCUGGUGCCCGGGAAGCGGCGCUUCGGCGUGUACAGGUUCCUGCCCUUCUUCUUCCUCCUCGGGGGCGCCAUGGAGUGGUUCAUGAUCAACGUCCGCAUCGGCAAGGAGACCUUCUAUGACGUUUACCGUAGGAAACGAUCUGAAAGACAGUAUGAGGCAAGGAUGGAAAAAAGUGACUUUUAGCUGAAAUGUUUCAAGAGGAAUGCCCUGAAUGCUUCAUCUGUAUUGAUACCAAAGCAGAAUUAAUUGCCACACUGAUGGUAGGGGAAGAUUUUGUCUCUGCAAGGUGAACUGUAAUCCACAGCUUCAUGUAAUACUCUGAUGGUUUUGGCAGUUUUAUUGUUCCUCUUUCCACUUCGUAUCUUUAAUAUUUUGUAUUUAAUAAGCCAAAUACUGUAGUGAAAUUCAUGGUGUUUAGGCUUCUGCCACUUACUUAAUGUUUGUUUAGUAUUUUAAAUAAACUGAAUAAACAGUC